GGGACCCCAUCUCAUUCUCUCUCGAGCCGUUCAUGAAUCGUAAUCACGCAUCAUCCUCGUGGUCACACCAACUUGUUCUUCUUCAUCAUCAUCAUAACCAAAUGUAAAAUUCCCUGAAACAAACCUAACUUUCAUUUCACACUGAUUCUUCCAUCUCCCACUUAUUUUCUUUCUCUCAUCUCCAUAUCUCCCCCAAUCUUUCAAAGUUCAAAACUCUUUUUUUUUUCAUUUUCUGUUAUUUUUUUUUCCCGGGAAAUUUUCCCCUUUUAUUUUUUUCUUCUCUGUCAUGAUCAUUAGUCGUUAGUAUGAUCCUUUAUUAGGUUUCGUUGGGAUCUCUUUUUUCUUUCUAUUCUAUUCGCAGACCCGAGUAAACCCUAGAAUCUCCUCCUUCCAUUUCGAUCUGUUCUGUUUCUCUCUUCUUCACCUUUACUCUCUUAAGCUCCAAGCAUCCAAAUUUACGUCUAGGGUUUUCACUGGGUCAAGUUUUAGUUCCUAACUUUGGCUUUAUCUAAAUCAUGUCGUAUCACUCGAUUCCUGGGUCUGGGUUUCAUUACUUGAAUUCUCCUUUUGGUGAUACAACUUUCACCAAGGUCUUCGUUGGUGGCCUUGCCUGGGAGACUCAAAGCCACACUCUUCGUCGCCAUUUCGAACCGUUCGGUGAUAUCCUUGAGGCCGUCGUUAUUACAGAUAACAACACUGGUCGAUCCAAAGGUUACGGCUUUGUGACUUUCCAAGAUCCGGACGCUGCUAGGAGAGCCUGCGUCGAUCCAACACCUAUUAUAGAUGGCAGACGUGCGAAUUGUAACCUCGCUGCUCUUGGGAGGCCUCGUCUUCUGAUGCAACAUGCGGUGAUGCCCUAUAUUUCUGGACGGAUAAGACCUGCUUCCCCAUAUAUUGGAAAUGUGCAUGGUCCUCGCGGUUCACUUUUUGGAAGCCAUUUGUACCAGCAACCACCUGCUUAUAGCUACCAGCAAGGAGUGAUGUACCCUUAUGGGGUUACACCAUAUGGACAUGAGUACUUAUACUCACAAUCUCAGGGCUUAUAUGGUGCUUACACUGGACAGCAGUACGUCCAGGUUUAUGGAGUACCUGGGGAAGUUAACUCACCGGACUACCAAUACGGGCAACUGAGUCAAAACGUCCCUGUUGGUCACGGUUAUACAGCGGUACAGGGCUAUUCAGUUCCAGGAAGUCAUAUAAUUCAAUCUCCUUACCCUUCAGCUAUAGCAGGUCCUGCCCCAACGCAAUCCCAUAUUAUUGUCCAGACUCCUCAGCAUUUGCAGAGUAGCGGUUCUGAUCAAACAACAGGGUGAAAAAAAAACUCAAUCAACGUUGUAAGUAGUCUUGCUCAAUGAAGAUGUAAAUAAGGGUUGCUCUAGGGAAAGCAGUAGUAACAAGCUUCGUGUACAAAGAAUAGCAUACAUAAACAAAAAGUAAAUAAAAAGAAAAACAAAUAUACAGAUGCUUAUAAAUUUGUGGAAUCAAAAUCUGAUUCUUUUGGUAGGUUCAGUGCCAUCAGUGGUCUUCUUACCACACACUUUCUUAAGGCAUAGAAGUAUGUGUUAGCAAGAAGACUGUUAGGUAGCUUUUUAUGUCCCAUUGAGUCGAGUCCUCUGCAUUGUAAAUAGAAUUAAUUGUCCUAUUAAGCUCACUUAGUUUCUUGUCUCUGCAUGUAUUCUUUUUAGCUCCGAGGGCUCUUCUGUUUUCCAUUUAUGUACAGUUUCUAAACUGACAAAUUGUUAUAUCAGAAUCUUUCUUAUAUAUUGUUUCUGUCUUGUGACUGCA